GCUUUCUUAUCCCUGCCAUCGGAUCUCGACAAGCUUCGUAUAAGUAAAACUUUGUGUGCCCCUCUUGUUGGCUUUGUCCCUCCCCCUUCUUCCGUCUUCUUUCCCUAUCACUGCUACAUCGCUCUGCCAAGGCUGUUUGUCUGAUUCUUCCUACGCACACAAGCCGAUCGCGCGAGUUACGGCACAUUUCCCUCGGAGUCCAGCAGCACGAUGGCUGCAGAAAUUGACAAUAAGGCUGCGGCCGACCAUAUUUCGGACGAUGUUGUUCCCCCGACAGAACCUGGGCAUGGGCCGUCGCACUCGAAGCUUGAAGUCCCGCCACUCGUGGCCGCAAUGACCCAAGACCACCGGUUAGAGGCUGAAGCGAGCUUGCGGAGGAAGAUCGAUACGAGAUUGCUCCCUAUGAUAAUUCUCAUGUACAUCAUGAAUUAUCUGGAUAGGAAUAACAUCGCUGCCGUGCGAUUGGCAGGGUUGCAGGAUGAGUUGAAGUUGACGAGUACGGAGUAUCAGACAGUCAUCUCUAUCCUGUUCGUCGGGUAUAUCCUCAUGCAAAUACCCUCGAAUCUCUUCCUGAACAAGACCGGAAAGCCUGCCAUCUAUCUACCGACUUGCAUGAUCAUAUGGGGCGUCAUCUCCGGCGCAACGGCAGCUUGCCAGAAUUUUGGGGGUCUGGUCGCUUGCCGAUUUUUCCUCGGAUUCAUCGAGGCGGCAUACUUUCCAGGAUGCCUCUUCUAUCUAUCCUCUUGGUAUACGCGGAAGGAGUUAGGUUUCCGAACGGCCGUCCUGUACUCCGGAUCUCUCAUCUCCGGCGCCUUCGGAGGCCUUGUCACCGCAGGCAUUACGAGCAACAUGGACUAUACCCAUGGUCUACGAGCCUGGCGAUGGGUCUUUAUUAUCGAAGGGGUGAUCACAGUCAUCAUUGCGUUCGCGGCCUUCUUCAUCCUACCGAACUUCCCACGCACCACAAGCUGGCUCACUGAAGAGGAGCGACAGCUUGCCGCGUAUCGCUUGCAAGAGGAUGUGGGCGAAGAUGACUGGACUUCAUCCGAAUCACAAUCCUUUUUCCAUGGAUUCAAGCUCGCCAUGAUGGAUAUCAAGACUUGGAUUCUAAUGGUACUCCUACUGGCCAUUGUCAAUUCCGCCUCGGUAACAAAUUUCUUCCCGACGGUCGUGAAGACCCUCGGAUAUAGCAACGUCAAAUCAUUGCUGCUUACUGCUCCACCCUACUGCUUGGCCGUUAUCACGACCUACCUCAACGCGUGGCACGCCGACAGGACUGGCGAGCGGUUCUUCCACAUUACGCUUCCUCUCUGCGUGGGAGUCGCAGCAUUCAUUCUCUGCGCGGCGACACACGCGAUUGCCCCACGAUAUGUCGCCAUGAUGCUCAUGGUCCCGGGCGUAUACACAGGCUACGUCGUUGCGCUUGCCUGGAUCUCAAAUUCUCUUCCUCGUCCAGCGGCCAAACGCGCUGCUGCGCUGGCCUUCAUCAACGCGGUAUCGAAUGUUAGCUCCAUCUGGGCGAGUUACAUGUAUCCACAGCCACAAGGGAAGAAACAGCCAGACCUGACCGUGCCUUUGAGUGUAGACUGCGCGACCGCCGCACUUGCGAUUAUAAUGGCGGCUAUUAUGAGGAUUGUUCUAGGUCGUUUAAACAAAAAACUAGACAGGGGCGAGCACGUAGAGGGUGCGAUCAAUGCGGUGCCAGGUGUGGCUCAAGAGCAUGGUUUUAGGUUUUUGGUCUAAGAGGAUACAUGAAGCCUUCUCCGAUGAACUAAGUCGCAUUAUUAUCGGGAGUGGGCCUCAGGAAUUGUCACUGUUUAAUUGUCGGCAUUACCUGUCAUUGUUCGAGUGGGUUUUCCACCCAACGGGAGUCGGACACCGAGCAGCGGAGACUCGUGGACUCUACGCAUGAGAUGAUUCAGAUACAUGAUUCGCGAUGGAACCGAAACACCGCU